AGCUCCUAUUCUACAAAACCUAGGGUUUCACUCUGAAAACUCACAAAGUUUUUUCAAAAGAGAGAGAGAGAGAGACAUAUAGAAGAGAUGUCGCGCCGUCGUCACAGAGAAGAGUACGAGGAGGAGCAGGAAGAGAGAGCCAAUUCGAGCAGGAAGCGCCCCAGAUCAGUUUUCAUAGACGAUGUUGCCGAGGAGGAUGAUGAUGAUGAUGAAGAAGAUGACGAAGACGACGACGAUGAAGAUUUUGAUGGGGGCAGUGGCAAGAAGCAACAGAAGAGGAAGAAGAGCAGCGGCUUUCGAUACAUAGAUGAUGAGGCACAGGUCGACACUGACGAGGAAGAAGAAGAAGGUGAGGAUGGCGAGGAUGACUUCAUUGAUGGCGGUGCAGAUCUUCAAGAUGAUGGCGAUGAUGAUGAUCGUCGUAGAAGAAUGUAUCGUCGCCCAUUGCUGCCACGAGAAGAUGAAGAACAAGAGGAAGAUGUUGAGGCUCUUGAGAAGAGAAUCCAAGAGAGAUAUGCUUUGCGCGAAGAGUAUGAAGGAGACGAAGAAGGUGAAGUAGAGCAUCAAUAUUAUUUGCCUUCUGUUAAAGACCCGAAGCUGUGGAUGGUGAAAUGUGCGAUUGGCCAUGAACAAGAAGUGGUUGUUUGCUUGAUGCAAAAGUGUAUUGAUAAAGGGUCUGAAGUGAAUAUUAGGUCUGCUAUUGCUCUUGAUCAUCUCAAAGGUUAUGUCUAUGUUGAAGCUGACAAAGAAGCCCAUGUUAAGGAGGCUUGCAAAGGUUUGCGCAAUAUAUUUGCUUCCCAGAAAGGAAUGCCUAAGCUUGUUCCUAUCAAAGAGAUGACCGAUGUUCUUGCGGUUGAAAACAAAGCAAAAGCAAUGGAUCUUUGUUGGGUCAGAAUCAAGAAUGGGACAUAUAAAGGAGAUCUUGCAAAGGUGGUGAAUGUUGAUAAUGUGAGGCAAAGAGUUACUGUGAAAUUGAUUCCAAGGAUAGACUUGCAGGCUCUUGCUGUUGGAAACAAAUCGGGUUCGAAGGGAAGAGGUGUUGUUGUUCCUCCUCCACGUUUUAUGAACAUUGAUGAGGCUAGAGCACUGAAUAUUACUGUAAAGCGCGGUCGAGAUCCAAUGACUGGAGAUUAUUUUGACAAAAUUGAUGCCAUGAUGUUUAAAGAUGGUUUCUUGUACAAAAAGGUAUCGAUGAAAUCAAUCAGCUCUCAAAAUAUAAAGCCUACUUUGGAUGAAGUUGAAAAAUUUGGUGAUAUAACAGCCAAUUUAUCGACUUUAUUUGCAAAUAGAAAGAAAGGGCAUUUUGUGAAGGGUGAUGCGGUUAUUGUUGUCAAGGGAGAUCUCAAGAACUUGAAAGGAUGGGUUGAGAAAGUUGAGGAAGAUAAUGUUCACAUCAGACCAGAUAUGAAGGGCCUUCCUAAAACUAUUUCUGUGAAUGAAAAAGAGCUUUGUAAGUGUUUCGAACCUGGGAAUCAUGUCAAGGUUGUCUCUGGUACAGUGGAAGGUACAACUGGUAUGGUUGUUAAGGUAGAGCAACAUGUCCUCGUAAUUUUGUCUGAUACAAAUAAGGAACACAUUCGUGUAUUUGCUGACAAUGUUGUGGAAAGCUCUGAGGUAAUUACUUCUGGUACUCUCACAAGAAUUGGGGACUACGAGAUUCAUGAUCUAGUGCUUCUAAAUAAUAAGAGCUUUGGUGUAAUAAUUGGCAUAGAAAGUACGGAAGCUUGUCGAGUUCUCAUGGGAGUUCCUGACAUACAUGGUCAGGUUGCUCUUGUGAAAUUGAGAGAGAUCAAAUUCAAGAUUGAUAAGAAAAUCAGUGUGCAAGAUCAGAAUCAGAAUACAGUAGCUACAAAAGAUGUUGUGAAGAUCGUUUCGGGUCCUUGCAAAGGGAAACAAGGCCCUGUGCAACAUAUAUAUGGAGGAGUCUUGUUCAUCUAUGAUCGCCAUCACCUUGAGCAUGCUGGCUUUAUCUGUGCUAAAGCCAAUUGUUGUGUUAUUGCUGGAGGAUCACGUGCCAAUGGUACUAGAAAUUAUGGUGCUCCAUCUCGCAGUAAUCCUCAAUUGUCAAAUAGAUUUUCUCGAGGGCAUGAUGAUUUGGUUGGUAAAAGAGUGAUGAUCCGGCAGCCUCUUUACAAAGGCUACCAUGGGAUUGUCAAAGAAGUUACGGGCUCAUUAGUUCGGGUUGAAUUGGAGUCACAGACUAAAGUUGUCACAGUUGAUCGCAAAUUUAUCUCUGAAAAAAGGAAUGUGGUUGAUUAUAAUUCUACCCCAUAUCGCGGGAGUGAGACUCCAAUGCAUCCUUCUCGAACUCCUAUGAGGGAUAAUAUUCCUGGAACAACACCAAUUCAUGAUGGCAUGAGAACACCUAUGCGUGAUCGAGCAUGGAAUCCUUAUACACCUAUGCGUGAUCAAGCAUGGAAUCCUUAUACACCGAGUACUCCACAGUAUCAACCAGGAAGUCCUUCUCCAUAUGAUAGUAGUUCUUCUCCUUAUGUCAAUGCUCCUAGCCCUUACUUGCCUUCAACUCCAAAUUCAGCUUCCUAUCUUCCAAGCACUCCUGGAACUGGUGGUCUGGAUACAAUGUCUCCUGUUAUAGGUGGUGACAAUGAAGGACCAUAUUUCAUGCCAGACAUACUGGUAAAUGUUCGCAGGUUGGGAGAGGAAGAAUCUGCUGUUGGAAUUGUUCGAGAGGUGCUUAUGGAUGGGUCUUGUAGGAUUGUUCUUGGCGAAAAUGGUGAAACCAUGACAGCUCUUCCUGAUGAAAUGGAGGUGGUGGCACCAAGGAAAAACGACAAGGUCAAAAUUAUGGCUGGUGUGCAACGUGGUACCACUGGGAAGUUGAUUGGUGUGGAUGGCAGUGACGGAAUUGUGAAGGUGGAUGACUCUCGUGACGUUAAGAUUAUAGAAUUGGUUCUUUUGGCAAAACUAACAUAGCCAUGAUUUAACUUUUGU